AUGUGUAUUAAUACAGAGAGACCAAAACCUGUAUUGAAGGUGAGUCCAGAUGAGCGUGUGUUCAGUGGAGAGACAGUCACUCUCACAUGUGACAUACAGAGAGCAGGAGACAUUCAGUGGACAUACAGCUGGUUUAAAGAUGGAAACCCUUUCUAUCCACACACAACAACAACAACAACAACAACAGCAAAGAUCAGUUUUAGUGCCGAUAAGUCUGAUAGAGCUGAAUACAGCUGUAGAGGAGAGAGAUCAGACUCACAGAGAUCAGACACCAGUGCUGCUGUUAGACUGACUGUAUCAGGUGAGUGUUCAUGUUCACAUCUGUUUAAUGAUCAUUUACAUCAAUAUUUUUUGUUCAUCAAUAUCAACACUCAUAUGUGUAUUUAUACAGAGAGACCAAAAGCUGUAGUGAAGGUGAGUCCAGAUGAGCGUGUGUUCAGAGGAGAGACAGUCACUCUCACAUGUGACAUACAGAGAGCAGGAGACAUUCAGUGGACAUACAGCUGGUUUAAAGAUGGUUCAGUCAUCAGAGACGUCACUGAGAGACUCUACAGCAUCACAUCUGUGUCUGAUAGAGCUGAAUACAGCUGUAGAGGAGAGAGAUCAGACUCACAGAGAUCAGACACCAGUGCUGCUGUUACACUGACUGUAUCAGGUGAGUGUUCAUGUUCACAUCUGUUUAAUGAUCAUUUACACUGGAAGCUCAGGCAGCAGUCACGGGGAGUGUCUCCACAGCCGUGGCUGACUGGAGGAGACUCAGUGACUCUGAUCUGUGAGGUUACAAGGGCUCCUCUACAGGCUGGGCCGUUCAGCUGGUUCAGAAUUGAUGAUCGUGUGUCAGACCUUGUAGCAGCAGAGGAGCUGGAGAGGCUCUUACACACUCUCAGAUCUGCUGCUCUACAGCACUACAGGAGUUUAUCACGUGCAGAGCCAGAGAGAGGACGACCGGACCUGUACACAAGAACAGUAGCUUACACAGACACUGUGGAUCACUG